AGCGCUAUAAGAGUUAGCAAGUGGGAGCGUACGUGUCCUGUCCAGUGAGCACCUGAUAAAGACUGUGGGAAGAAGUUUGUUUCAGCGCGUCGACAUCCAGACAAGGGACAGACUAAUGAUGGCACAGUGUGGAAAAUGUGGUCCAGGUUACAGAACUCCACUGGAGGCCAUGAAAGGGCCUCGAGAAGAGAUCGUCUAUCUGCCUUGUAUUUACCGUAACACUGGAAUUGAGAAGCCAGAUUAUUUGGCUACUGUGGACGUAAAUCCAGAAUCUCCAACAUACUGCCAGGUGAUCCAUCGUCUGCCAACGCCUAACUUAAAGGAUGAGCUGCACCACUCUGGUUGGAAUACAUGCAGUAGCUGCUUUAGUGAUACCUCCAAGAAACGUAACCGCUUGAUCCUGCCAAGCCUCAUCUCCUCACGCAUCUAUAUAGUGGAUGUGGGGACUGACCCUCGUGCCCCCAGAUUUCACAAGAUUGUGGAGCCGACUGAGGUGUUUUGGAAAUGUAACUCUGCUCAUUUGCAUACUUCACAUUGUCUUGCAAGUGGAGAAGUGAUGAUCAGCACGAUGGGAGAUCCUGCUGGAAAUGGAAAAGGAGGUUUCAUUUUGCUGGAUGGAGAGACAUUUGAAGUGAAGGGCUGCUGGCAGCAGCCUGGCAAUGAAGCCCCUUUUGGCUAUGAUUUCUGGUACCAACCACGCCACAAUGUGAUGAUAAGUACCGAAUGGGGCACCCCUAAAGUGUUGGCUUACGGGUUCAAUCCAAAUGAUAUAAAGGCAGGCAAUUAUGGAAAAUGCCUGCACGUGUGGGACUGGACAACACAUUCUCGCAUCCAGACACUUGAUCUGGGAGAAGAAGGAGCCAUUCCAUUGGAAGUCCGGUUUCUUCACAAUCCAGAUGCUACUGAAGGUUUUGUUGGUUGCGCUUUGAACAGUAAUGUCUUCCGCUUCUUCAAAACUAAGAAUGGACAAUGGGCUGCAGAGAAGGUUAUCAGUGUGCCCAGCAAGAAGGUGAAGGGGUGGUGCCUCCCUGAGAUGCCAGGUCUCAUCACAGACAUCUUGCUGUCUUUGGAUGAUCGAUAUCUCUACUUCAGCAACUGGCUGCAUGGAGACAUUCGCCAAUAUGACAUAACAGACACUAAGCACCCCAAGUUAGUGGGGCAGGUGUUCUUGGGUGGAAGUAUUGUGAAUGACAGGCCUGUCAUUGUGCUGGAGGACAUUGAACUCAAGAGCCAACCUGCACCCCGUGUAGUCAAGGGAAAACGAGUCCAAGGUGGACCACAGAUGAUCCAGCUGAGUUUGGAUGGAAAGAGACUUUAUGUAACAACCUCUCUGUUUAGUGCUUGGGACAAACAGUUCUACCCUGAUCUUGUCAAAGAGGGCUCUGUUAUGCUACAAGUUGAUAUAGACACAGAGAAUGGAGGGUUGCAACUCAAUGAGAAUUUCCUUGUUGACUUCGGCAAAGAGCCUGGUGGUCCAGUUCUGGCUCAUGAAGUACGAUACCCUGGUGGAGACUGCAGCUCCGAUAUCUGGUUGUGAAGAAUAUAAAGACAAGGAAAUACACGAUUUGCUCUGUGCCUUUUCCCUCCCUGCUUACAUAACUGUCACUCAAAUAUCAGCUUUUAAUCAAAAAUGUAAUGUGAAUUUUAAACAAAUAUAACAAGCUAACCAGCUUCAAAGCUUUUUGUAUGUAUUUUCCUUGCUCAUAUUUUAAAGAUUUUCUUUCCAGUAAAACAAUCUAUAAGAAGCUUAAACACCACAUCUAAAUACUCCGUUGAGAGAAAUAUGAAGGCAAGUAUAUUUGGAAUACAGAGCAGUAGAAAAUUAAAGAUAUCUCCCAGAUUCUAAAAGAAAUACUAUAUAUGAAUAUUACAGUGUGUUGGUAAGAGGUGAUCUGUAUUGAAUAUAUAUCAAAAUAUUAUCAAGUGAAUGAUGGAAUGAUUUCAAAUAUCAGAUUUUUUUACAACUUUUUUAUAACUAAUGUUUUAUACACUGUAGUUAUAUCACCAAGACUUUUUCAUCAAGUGGUUUAUUUGAAGUGUCCUGGCAUCUUUAAAAAAAAAAAAAAAAAAAAAAAUCCAAGCUUUUGAAAGAAUCAUUGGUGAAUGUAAACUUUAGACUAAAUAGUUCAGUAUUUGUACUGCUGAUUUUGUGUGCGUGUUAAUUCACUAUCUUUGUGGAUAGCUGAUGGCAGUGAAAAGAAAAUUAAUCUGCUGUAGAAGGCACAAAAAGACAAGAUCAGAGUCUGUUAGCUUACUGAUUGUGCAACUGCUCAAAUCCUGAAUACAUGGAUAUACCUCAUUAAUCACAAUAAAGUUAAAAAAUGAGUUAAGGCUAAAGGAUCUUCAUUGAAAAAGAUGUGUUGUUCUUUUUGUUGGAAAUGUGAAUCUCUCAUGAUGCAGAACUAAUCAAAUGUGACUGAAUUUUGGGCAUAACAGUAUUUUUGUUAUCUGUGGCAUUUUACUAUAUACAUUGUAUCCGGAAAGUAUUCACAGCGCAUCACUUUUUCCACAUUUUGUUAUGUUACAGCCUUAUUCCAAAAUGGAUUAAAUUCAUUUUUUUUCCUCAGAAUUCUACACACAACACCCCAUAAUGACAAAGUGAAAAAAGUUUACUUGAGGUUUUUGCAAAUUUAUUAAAAAAUAAAAAAAUUGAGAAAGCACAUGUACAUAAGUAUUCACAGCCUUUGCCGUGAAGCUCGAAAUUGAGCUCAGGUGCAUCCUGUUUCCCCUGAUCAUCCUUGAGAUGUUUCUGCAGCUUAAUUGGAGUCCACCUGUGGUAAAUUCAGUUGACUGGACAUGAUUUGGAAAGGCACACACCUAUCUAUAUAAAGUCCCACAGUUGACACUUCAUGUCAGAGCACAAACCAAGCAUGAAGUCAAAGGAACUGUCUGUAGACCUCCGAGACAGGAUUGUCUCGAGGCACAAAUCUGGGGAAGGUUACUGAAAAAUUUCUGCUGCUUUGAAGGUCCCAAUGAGCACAGUGGCCUCCAUCAUCUGUAAGUGGAAGAAGUUCGAAACCACCAGGACUCUUCCUAGAGCUGGCGGGCCAUCUAAACUGAGCGAUCGGGGGGAGAAGGGCCUUAGUCAGGGAGGUGACCAAGAACCCGAUGGCCACUCUGUCAGAGCUCCAGAGGUCCUCUGUGGAGAGAGGAGAACCUUCCAGAAGGACAACCAUCUCUGCAGCAAUCCACCAAUCAGGCCUGUAUGGUAGAGUGGCCAGACGGAAGCCACUCCUUAGUAAAAGGCACAUGGCAGCCCACCUGAAGGACUCUCAGGCCAUGAGAAAGAAAAUUCUCUGGUCUGAUGAGACAAAGACUGAACUCUUUGGUGUGAAUGCCAGGCGUCACGUUUGGAGGAAACCUGGCACCAUCCCUACAGUGAAGCAUGGUGGUGGCAGCCUCAUGCUGUGGGGAUGUUUUUCAGUGGCAGGGACUGGGAGACUAGUCAGGAUAAAGGGAAAGAUGACUGCAGAAAUGUACAGAGACAUCCUGGAUGAAAACCUGCUCCAGAGCGCUCUUGACCUCAGACUGGGGCGAUGGUUCAUCAUUCAGCAGGACAACUAAGCACACAGCCAAGAUAUCAAAGGAGUGGCUUCAGGACAACUCUGUGAAUGUCCUUGAGUGGCCCAGCCAGAGCCCAGACUUGAAUCCGAUUGAACAUCUCUGGAGAGAUCUUAAAAUGGCUGUGCACCGACGCUUCCCAUCCAACCUGAUGGAGCUUGAGAGGUGCUGCAAAGAGGAAUGGGCGAAACUGGACAAGGAUAGGUGUGCCAAGCUUGUGGCAUCAUAUUCAACAAGAUUUGAGACUCUAAUUGCUGCCAAAGGUGCAUCGACAAAGUAUUGAGCAAAGGCUGUGAAUACUUAUGUACAUGGGAUUUCUCAGUUUUUUUAUUUUUAAUAAAUUUGCAAAACCUCAAACUUUUUUCACGUUGUCAUUAUGGGGUAUUGUGUGCAGAAUUCUGAGGAAAAAAAUGAAUUUAAUCCAUUUUGGAAUAAGGCUGUAACAUAACAAAAUGUGGAAAAAGUGAUGAGCUGUGAAUACUUUCCGGAUGCACUGUAUAAGAACACCCCAUCUUUAUAAUACAAUAACACACCAAACAUGGUUUUCGUUUUCUCAUCAGGCAUUCACUGUCAACCAUAAUUUCCUCCUUAGACAGCCCAGUCAGUCUUUUUGUGGAUUAUGUUCUCCCUAUAUCUGCUGUGUGCUCAAGUUUCCUCUCCCAUCCCAAAAACAGGUGAGGUUAACUGGCAUCUCUAAACUCGACUGCUAAAAUAUGUCAUUUGUUCUUCAUGUAGAUGUACUUUAAUGAUGAAUUUUGUUUGUUCCAAAGUCCUGUAGCCUAUUAAAAAUGACAUUUUCGCUCCA